AUGUUAAUUAUCAGUUUGUGGAACAGUUACCAGACUAAGGUCGUGGAUAAAAAAAGAAAGGGAAAAUGGCCGGCGAAGUUUUGGUGGAUGCGUUGCCGUAUCACGACAAGGGUUAUGACGAGCCUGGGGAAAAAGAAUCGGCCUAUGCCCUGGUGGAAGAAGAGACUCGUCGAUAUCGUCCCACCAAGAAUUACCUGGAGCAUCUGCCAGCCAUCGACCACACACCCUUUGAAACUGAAGUCUUGAAGAAUGAGUUUGAGCGCCUGGCCUCCCGCCUCCCCAUGGACGUACUCAGCAUGAAAAGAUAUGAGCUUCCUCCGCCACCAGCAGGCAGACAGAAUGACGUCCUUGCCUGGAACGAGUCCGUGGAGAAUUCUAUGGCUCAGCUGGAACACCAAGCAGAAAGAAUUGCCAACUUGGAGUUGCUGUCAAAGUUUGGAAGUCAAGCAUGGAGGGUGUACAAUGAUUUACUGGUUCGAAUGGUGGAGCAUGCACAGAGCCAGCUGCAGCAAAUCCGCAAGCAAAUCCAAGAACUGAACUGGCAGCGUAAAACAAAACAGAAAAGUGCUGGUGACGCCUUGAAGAAUCUCGAAGAAAGCUGGACUGGGCUGGUGGCCAAGAACUACGAGAUUGAGAGAGCCUGCUUAGAACUUGAGCAAGAGGUUGACCGACUCAGACAAGAGCAGAUGAUCCGACAUUCCAAGGAGGAAUACAAGACGCAACAGAUGCUUCAGCAGGGUCAUGAGGAAGACAGAGGCAGGGAGGAGGGAGGAGACAGCGAUGAGAGUGGAGACGAUGAGGAUGUAGGGGACAGGUAGCUCAAGGAGCACUUCGCAUGUAAUUCUCAACUUACCACUUCGAACAGAAGAUAGUUCUGAGCCUCAUUUUAAGGAGCUGGAAAGCAACCCAACCCAAGUGAAAUGUGUCGGGUGUUUGGAGAACUUCUGUCUGGUUUUACAAGCCCUUAAAUUUCGCACAAUGGAACUCAUACACGUACACCAGUGUUAGUCUUCUAGGAAUAUACAUGUACAAGAAACUGUUUAUAAUGUGGUGUGUCAGUACUUUUUUCUAAACUGUAAAGACCGCAGGACAUGUCUCUCACUUGAAAUUGGCAGGUGUUUAUGAGUUGAAAGACUGUACUACUUGAAUUAUGUAACUGGCCUUUACUGUGUUAUCAUGCCUUUAAGUAACAUUAAGCAACGUGGCCACGUAUCAAAUUUGAAAAUCCCAAGUUGACUGCAGAAAAGUUCCCAAGACUUCCUGAGAUAUCAGCAUCAUGUAUCAAAAUAGCAGCAACAGAGCCUAGUUUUAUGUGAAUGGAGCUCACGAAGUGUUUCAAUUAGUAUUUUGCACAUGUGCAUUCCAUUCGUUUGUGUGUUUUCAAUUACGCGAAAAAUCCCAAGGCUCAGCGAAAGGUUUCCAAGCCCCGGCCUAAAUUCCCAAAAUCUUGGGAAAAAUCACAAGGAGUGGCCACGCUGAUAAGUCCGAAAUCUUGUCGUGUAGGACACCUGAAAUUGUGUAGAGUGUCCAGCUACACCAGUUUAUGGUAUACCAACAUUCACAUUUGGGUGAGGACAAUGUAGAUCCAUGUGUAAUUUCCAUAUUCUCCCUAAGAAAUGACUCUUUAACCCUUGCACAUUCAGUGAUGUGUUGUUUAAAUUUAUGUUGGUCCUCAAAUACUCAAAUUCAGUGAUUUUAACAUUAUGCACUCUAAGGUUGUCAAUAAAUUGAUUUCUUGUUAUAACUCAA